CCUGAGUUGUGUGUCACAGCAAGGCUGUGUCCAAUCUCCACUGUGGAUUUAAUUGUCUUUAGCCGCGCGGGGGCGGGUCCUGCUGUCAGCUCCACUCCCGGUCACCCGUGUCUGCAUAAAGGCGUUCAGUACAGAGGAAUGGUGACAGCUGAGAGAGAGGAUCACAGUACACAGCCGCAGCCAUGAAGGAAAUCAUCUCACAAAAAGAGAAGUUACAAUGCCUGAAGGAUUUUCACAAGGACACGCUGAAACCGUCGCCAGGGAAGAGCCCAGGAACUCGGCCUGAGGAUGAGGCAGAAGGGAAGGUUACUCAAAGGGAGAAGUGGUCCAGUAAGCUCGACUUUGUCCUGUCUGUGGCCGGAGGCUUUGUUGGAUUAGGAAACGUCUGGCGGUUCCCUUACCUUUGCUAUAAAAAUGGUGGAGGUGCAUUUCUCAUUCCUUACUUCAUCUUCCUGUUUGGUGGUGGUCUACCUGUGUUCUUCCUGGAGGUUGCACUGGGCCAGUACACUUCUGAGGGAGGCAUCACCUGCUGGGCCAAGCUCUGCCCCAUCUUCACUGGUAUUGGCUACGCCUCUAUUGUGAUCGUAUCUCUACUAAACAUCUACUACAUCGUGAUCUUGGCGUGGGGUCUCUACUACCUGUUUCAGUGCUUUCAGGCGGAGCUUCCCUGGGCAAAAUGCAAGCAGCCCUGGAACACAGAAUACUGUGUGGAGGACACAGUCCGCAAAAACAAGACUUUCUGGCUGGCAGCCAACAUGACCAACUUUACCUCCCCUGUCACGGAGUUCUGGGAACACAAUGUCCUGAGCAUCUCCUCUGGGAUUGAGGACAUAGGGCCCCUGAAAUGGGACCUGGCCCUGUGUCUCCUAGCAGUGUGGGUUAUCUGCUUUUUCUGCAUCUGGAAAGGAGUCAAGUCCACUGGGAAAGUGGUCUACAUAACAGCAACUUUCCCAUUUGUAAUGCUGAUUGUGCUAUUGAUCCGCGGUGUGACUCUUCCUGGGGCAGCUGAAGGAAUUAAAUUUUACCUUUACCCAGACCUGACCCGCCUGCAGGACCCAGAGGUGUGGAUUGAUGCUGGAACCCAGAUCUUCUUCUCCUAUGCCAUUUGUCUGGGAGCCAUGACAUCACUGGGGAGCUACAACAAGUACAGAUACAACUGCUACAGGGACUGUUUGCUGCUGGGAGGCCUCAACAGCGGUACCAGCUUUGUGUCUGGCUUCGCAAUAUUUUCCGUCCUGGGCUUCAUGGCACAAGAACAAGGGGUGGACAUUGCCGAUGUGGCAGAGUCAGGUCCUGGCUUGGCCUUCAUCGCCUACCCGAAAGCUGUGUCCAUGAUGCCGAUGCCAACGCUCUGGGCCAUCCUCUUCUUUAUCAUGCUGCUGCUUCUGGGCCUCGACAGCCAGUUUGUUGAAGUGGAAGGACAGAUCACCUCUAUUGUGGAUCUGUAUCCAUCUGUCCUCAGGAGGGGUUACCACAGAGAGAUCUUUAUAGCUGUGAUUUGCUUCAUGAGCUAUCUCCUGGGACUUGCCAUGGUAACGAAAGGUGGCAUGUAUGUGUUUCAACUCUUUGAUUACUAUGCAGCCAGUGGUGUGUGCCUUUUGUGGGUCGCAUUCUUUGAAUGCAUUGCUGUAGCCUGGGUUUAUGGAGUGGAUAAUUUCUAUGACGCAGUGGAGGAUAUGAUUGGCUACAGACCAAACCCGUGGAUGAAAUGGAGCUGGACCUUUAUCACACCUGUCCUUUGCAUGGGAUGCUUUGUCUUUUCCCUGGUGAAGUACAAGCCCUUGACCUAUAACAAGGUGUACGAGUAUCCUGACUGGGCCAUCGGUGUGGGCUGGUGUUUGGCUUUGGCCUCCAUGAUCUGCAUCCCAUUGGUGAUGGUCAUCAAGAUCUUGCAGUCUGAGGGACCACUGAUUGAGAGGAUCAAAGCAGUGGCAGCUCCUGCAAAGUCAGGUGUGAGCUCCCGCCCAAAGGAGUACAACUUGAAGGCCAGCGAGUUGACACAGCCCCUGGACCCAAGCGGGAACAAUGGCUUGAACAAGCCCACCCACACCAUUGUGGAAACAAUGAUGUGAGCGCUCUCUGUGAGAGGAAUACGAUUGUUGUGCUUUCUGUGUUACCUUAUUUGCUAACGUUGAUAAAGGUAGGUUUACGUUGUCCAAUAUAUUCGCGUUAGAGAGAUUUGAUUUGUAUGACGAGGGUUGUUACUGUUGUAUUCUUUUUCUCUUGUUUUUUUUUUUGUUUUUUUUUCUACUAUACCAAUAUUGAUGUUACACUUGUUGCUGUAGCUGGCACUGAUCUCAGUUGAAGCAAUGUUUUCCGAUAGAACAUGUUCAGUGUUUAAUACCUUUCAUUGAUUCAAUUGAGAUAGGGAAUUGUUUUGUUUUUCCGUGUUAUAGAAGAAAUGAUGAAAUUCUCAUAAACCUAAAUAACUGACUAUGCAUAAGGUAAAAAAAUGUCUAAACAAUCUUACAUCAUCUUUGGCACCGCUUUGCCAAUUCUAACUUCUAAUAUUAGUCGUUGUGCAUCCCGCAGUGAAAAUGAAUGUAGCUCUACAAUCCACCCAUAUCUCUCACGUCGCACUCACAGGAUCAUAUUUGUCGGUAGCGAUGUCCAGAAACCCGCGUAAAUAUUGUUGCCGGAAGAGAAGAGAGGAAUCUGAUUUUAAGAAGUAGUAGAAGUACAAACAGAAGUCAUGUAGAUCUCAUCUCUGGAUGACCACGUACGCAACAGUAAUACAGGCUGAAACAACUUCACAGCGUCAGUGAUGUCGGUGAAACCUCGAGGCUCAAGUUUAAUUUGAAAUAUUCCAACAAGUCUGUGGAUGUCAUUACUAAGUGCAAUGACAUGACACAUGAGGUUAUUUUCUGUCAUUCUCAUUAAAAGCCGAUACGCUUUCCUAUUUGGAAUUUUUCCAUGGAAAGUUUCGAGAAAUGUUUUUGGCCCUCUAGUCCUUACAUUGAGUUUGUAUGUAAUUUGGUGGUACAACAACAUUUUAAUUCCAUUUUGGUGUAAACACAUACAUACAUAUCCAAAACAUGUGAAGGGGUAGAGUGGAUUGUUUACUGCAGAUUGAAUUUAGUUCGACACCCUUUAAAUUGCUAGUUCACCAAGGCCUUGGCCAAAUACUGUGAGAAAUGCAUUCAUAAAUAGAAACAUCCUCAAAAAUAACCAAGAUAAAAAAAAUAAAUAAUAAUAAUAAAUAGCAGUUAAGAAAAAGAAGAGUAAGGAGAAAUGGAAAGUGGCAUUUUUAGAGUAUUUGAACACUGCCUGUGUGACUACUUUAGUCAGUCCCAGUGCAUUUAUUGAAACCUCUUUUUUGCACUUUAUAUGUCGUUUCACCUUUAUUGUAGUAUUUGUUGCGUUUGCAACACUUAUCAGGAGGAAAUAUUUUUAGCUUCUAACUUUUUGAUAUUGUAAACUUUGAUAUUUAGCAUCUGGUUGUCAACUUUAGACAAUGGAGAAAAUAGAGUAGACAUUUGAUAUCAAAUAUUCUGAUUAUUAGCCGAAAAAUAAAGCUGUGAGAGUAUAUCGUUUAAAAGUUAAAUGCGUUACUUUGAUGUCCAAACAUCCAGAUAGCUCUUUCCAUCGUGCUCAUUCAGGAUUACCACUGGAUUUUACAGAAGUUUCUAAUGUUCACUUUGGAAAUUUCUAUGUAGAAAUUGAAUUGUUUAUAAUUCACGCAUGCCUUUUUGUAACAAUUUUAUACUGUACAUCAUAUUACACCAUUAUUGAUUCAUUAUUUUACUUAAAACUCACUCAUUUCUAAAUAUUGAAUACAUAAUGAGCCUAGAUGACGUUUUCAGCGUGCAAUACUCAAUGAAGCGAUGGCGUUCUCUGCUCUUUCAAAUGACAUUUGAAAGCGCAGAGAAUUCCAUACGCAUUAAAUAUAAAGUAGAUUUAAUGACUACUGAACGACUUGCACAAUUCAAUACGAACAUCAUAGCACAUGAAGGACUCACCACAGCGCUGUGCUGCUUAGGAAUUCAUGUGUACCAAAGUAUUUUUGCCUCACAUUUUGUCCCCUUUGAGAUGCAUAUUGCAUCAUUCUAUAGAUUAUGAAUAAACAUCAUUUUCUUUGAA